CUACGUAAAAAGAAUGGAGAAGAGGAGCCGCAGGAGCUGUUGGUGUUUGGAUAUAGCUGCAAAUUAUUUCGAGAUGAUGACAAGGCGAAAAUGAUUGAUCAAGGAAAGCAUUUGAUACCAUGGAUGGGCGAUAACACGUUGAAAAUAGACAGAAGAACUGAUGUCCGAACAGUCUGAGCAAAUGUGCAGCAGUUCAAAAAAAACACUACCAUGAAUGGUUUACGUAUGGAUAAGCAAUCUGGAGACUGUUUAAGGUUUCUGCAGGUGUCUUGGCUGUGAACAGGCGGUGUGGAAGCGCGGUAUAUGCGCUCUACACGUCCGUAGAGCAAGUGCUCUCGCGACAUUGGUGCUUACGGCUGACCGUCGGCGCAGCAGCAAGAUACGAUGGACGUGGUGCUCUGGGGGACUUAAGGAUAUAUGAACCACCAUCAGGUGGGUUUGAUCAGCGUACAAUCCUUACGGAGGAAGAGCUUAAAGUGGAACAACUAUGCGAUGAAGAACGGUAUCGAUCUCUUUUCAACGACGACAUGGAAGAUUCUUUAUACCAUGAGGAGGAAAUGAAAAGGCUGCAUCAAGCAUUGGAUUCAGAAAACACGUAUAGCCAGGUAGCGUAUAAUUACAACGAGGAAGGAAACGGUUCGAAAAUUGCAUGUGAAGAUUCUCAAAGUCCAAAACAAUCGGAGGGUUCUCAAGAAGAGGAUCAGGCAUUCGUUCCACCAUCCGAUCUAGAAAUUCCAGACGGUAUUCCAUUGCCGGAAACACAGAAAUUAAACGCUAUCAUAACAAAAACGGCAUUGUUCAUAAGUCGUCAAGGGGGCCAAAUGGAGAUCUUGAUUAAAGCGAAGCAGGCAAACAAUCCGCAGUUUUCGUUUUUGUCGAUAGACGGACGCCUUCACCCGUAUUACAGAUACAUACUGGACGCGAUCAAGAGCGGAAAGUACAAUCCUGAAAAGCAGCCUGAGAAAGAAGAAUCCGAACACGAAGAAGGAUCGUCGGAUCAGGAUGACGAAUCGUAUCUACAUCCAAGUCUGGCACCAUCUUUCACCAAGAUAGAAGCGGCGCCCAGUAUUCCCAGUAUACAAUACAAACCAUCUGCUGACUGUGCGUAUUCGAUGCUGGUAAAUAAAAUCACAGGGAAACCUCCACCCUCGAAGAUUCCGCAACCGCCUGAAACACCUGUUCAACCACCGGCUCCUACUCUCGGAUAUUAUCAUCCGAUACCUGGACAAGGCUACAGUCCUUACCCGACACCCGUGCAGUACUCUCACGGUCCCGUGGCAUAUGGGCCAAAUGGCCAAAUACAGUCUCCUGGUCAGCUUUCAGUUAUAAAUGUACCACCAUCUGCAACCGACGUAACUGUAACUCAUGCGUCGACAAUUGAACCACCUUCGCCGUUGGUCCCAUACGGAUCUACACCGCAAAAACAAUUAAGUAGACCGUCAUUCAUCGUGCCUCCAGCAGACGUUCAGAUAGUUAUUGAUAAAAUGGCUAGUUACGUGGCGAAAAAUGGCAGAGACUUCGAGGCGAUCGUGAAAAAUAAAGGCGAUCCGAGAUUCAAUUUUCUCGAACUGUCGCAUCAGUAUCACGGCUAUUACGCGCACAAGCUGACAAUAUACGAGGGUGCUAUAAAUCCAAAGGUACUGACGGAGGAGGAGCUGUUGCAGAAGCAGGAACCGCUGGAGGAGAAACAGAAAAAGUUAGAGGAGCUCCAGAAAAAGCAGCAACGAAUGGAGGAGGUGCAAAAAAGAGUGAAGAUGAUUCAGGCAAAGAAGAAGUGCGAUACGAGAGCGAAGCAGAUCACGCCGGGCACUAAACAGAUCACCACAGUAUCAUUUUCAAUUAAGAAACCAAAAGAUGGGGAAACCGGAGUGAUUGAAAAGCGGAACGCUCUCCCAUUGGAGGAGAGUGACGACGAGAUGGAAAACGAGAACAAAGACACUAACUCAAAGCCAAGCUCGCCGCAGAAUGUCAAUGAACAGAAUUUUGGUCCCGGCGUAGAUAAAGAUUCCUGGAAGUCGGAGAAGAAAUCGAGGAACGAGGAGAAGGAAUUGGUGGAUCUUACAGAUGAGAUUCUAGAAGAUUGCCAAAAAGAGAUCAGACAUAAACAGGCCGAGGACAGAAUCAAAGAUAAAUUGGUCGCGGCGGCAAGAGACAAGCUAGCCGCCACAUCCAGGGAAAGACAGUUGCAGUUAGAGAGGAAAAAGAAAGCAGCUGCGUUCUUAAGCCAAAUACAGUCUUCCGUGUUAUCGAAAACGAGUGGAAUGACCGUUCAGUCCGCGCGGAAAGACGACUCUGAUGAAGUGCAUUCCGUACCAUCGCCAACUCCUUCUCCGUCGUUCGACGAUGGGAAGCCGUGCGACUCGAAAACGGGCGGCAACUCGUUGAUGGACAGAUUGAAGAGUGCUGACUUCACUGGUAAAAGAUCUAGACCACGAUCGAGAAGUCCCGACGGAAGUCGAAGUCACAGCGAUCGGCAAAAGUAUCACAAGAAACACAAGAAAAAGAAAAGUACUCACAGAAGCAGCCAUGACAGCCCCAGCAGUUCCCGAUCCCAUCGAUCGAAGAAAAGCAAGAAGUCCUCGUCGAAACAUAGAUCCCGAUCGCGAACACCAUCCCGAAGACACCACCACAGCGCGCGACGGAAGGGAAGCAACUCGUCCUGUUCAGACUCGAGCUCGCCUUAAUUCGUCCUUUUGAUAACUUUAUACGUGUAAAAUUGUAUAUACACUCAUAUACAGACGUACACAUGCAUACACAACAUUAUACACAUACAUACUCGCGGGCAUCUGCGGUUGUUAUCGUGCAGACGAUAAUUUUAAUACAACUUUUGUCCAAGAAACAAAAACAGAGGAAAAUAAAAAAAGAUUGAAGAGUAAGACAACACUCGAACGGUAUUAUAUAAUAUAAAGUUAUCCACUUGUCUGCCUCCAUCCGCCUUUCGAU